AUGCCUCGUAUACCUAUUUACCCUGAAGCGGAACAACUCAUUGCUCUAAAAAGUCGCACAAGGAUAGAAAACAUCCAAUCCAAUGAUAAUUCAGAUGUCUUACCUGCCCAAAAUUCAAAAAGGACAGAUACCAAGAGAAAAGAUACUUUUGAUGUAAUAAAAGCAAAAAAGGAUGGAAAGAGAAGACACCAGGCAGCUAUCUCCGAAACACCAUCCUCUACAAAUGAGCUUCUACAAAUUAAACUUGGUUCAAACCAUCAAAGGUACACUGUUUCCAUUCCUUUUGCAAGCUUCUGUAGAGAGACUCCCAAAAAAGCUAACUCCUUGGAGAAGAUCAAGACAAUAUCAGGUUUUAUCAGGGAAGCGAUAUUGAAAUCACAGCUGUUUGUGAACUACUUUAUAUUGAAACAUCCAAACAAGUUGACCAAUGGCUUUUUUGAGCAAAACUUUUGGCAUACCAUUUCAAGAAUUGUUCGUGCUGGUCCAGAUAAAAUCAAGUCCAUUCUAGUGGACUAUCGAAACAGGCGAAAAGAAAGGCCGAAUGAAGAAAACUUGGACGUUGAUCAACUCACAAAUUCAUUUGUUUAUCUAUCCUCCACUACCACACAUGGUAACUUGUUUGUAGAAGAGAAUGGGUUAAGGAACUACGAACAAUCUCUAUCAACUGCCUGUGAAACUGUUGCAACCAGUUAUAAUAAUUACUAUAUUGAAAAUUUCGAAGAUAUUAUAUGUAAUUACUUCUUCUAUACUCUGAAGAGAAAGUAUCCGAAUGUAAAGGUUGGUUACAUUAAAAACUUGGUGUAUAACCAUGUAUAUGAUGAAAUACUCAUACGUUGUGAGCCAUCCUCUAUACCUGAUGAAAUACUUGGCCAUUUUGAUUCGGAUGUGGCUUCUAGUCUUUCCAGUUUUUUGAAUCCCUUAAUUUUAGAAAUAAAGAACCGUAUGCUCACGCUUCCAGUGUCGAAAGUCAGCUUGAAUAAUGGACCUUUCAAAAUUUUACCCGUCUUAAGGCAUAUCCUAGAAAAGUAUGAAAAUUUGCAUAUGGCACAACCUUCUUCGAUUGACAAAGACAAUGUCAGCAAGUUCGUAUAUCCCAGACUUUUUAGUUUGUUUCCGAAUCCCGGAUUGGGCUGGCGAUUUAUAAAGGUCGACGCUCAGAACCUCACAGGCAUUUUCCCCGAGGCAAAACAAGAAAAGCAAAUCAACGAGUCUCCAUUUAAUCAUAACCAAAGGCAAUUCUUCCAAAUGUUUGAUUUUAAAAAGCUGGGAUUUCGAAGUUGGGAAGAGCUCAAAAAUAUGCUCGAGCAAAGAGGAAGGAUGUUUCUUAAUGGAAUGUACACCGAUGGUUACAUGUGUAGAAUGCUGUUCUGUAGAAAGGUGCUUCCGGCGCCGGCAACAGAUGACGUUUCUCUAGAGGUAAGUGAUUUUACGACCGACAAAGUAGAAAAAUAUUUUCGUCCAUAUACUGUGGACCAAGGAAGAAAGGAUGCCUUUGUCUCUUACUACAGAGGUACCGAUGUGCGCCGCUUGUCCUCUGCUGAGUACUACGGUAUGGGUGGAAAAAUAAAACGACAAAAACUACAGCAAGAGCGUAAAAAAAGCUUAGGCAUUGAAAGAAUUGAAGCAAAUAUGUCAUCAUCGAAAACUGCAUCUCUUCAGCGAUACAUGUCAUAUAUAAAUUAUAUGCUGCAACACAUGGACAUCUUGCUGAACUUUUACAAUUUUGAGGCCGCAAAACUAAAAGGCUAA